UCCCCCCCCCGUGACGUAGGACAAUGCCAGUGCCACGCAGACCCGGGAGGAGAGUGUAGUGAGAGGAGGAGGAGAAGAGUUUGGCAGGCGGUGUCUGAGCAGAGCAUCUUCAGGGGCAGCCAUGCACCUGGGCGGGUGUUUCCUCCUCCUCCUCCUCCAAGUCCUGGCGCUGCUUUCCCUCCAGAGCGGAGCAGAAAAGGCAGGAGGGCCCUCGGAUGAGGUGCAGGUGGAGGUGGUGCACCUCCCCGAAGAGUGCCACCAGAAGAGCAAGAAAGGGGACCUCCUCAACGCCCACUACGAUGGCUACCUGGCCAGCGGUGGCGCCAAGUUUUACUGCAGUCGAACACAGAAUGAUGGUCACCCGAAAUGGUUUGUCCUCGGUGUUGGACAAGUAAUUAAAGGCUUAGAUAUUGCAAUGCUGAAUAUGUGUCCUGGAGAGAAACGGAAGGUGAUCAUUCCUCCUUCGCUUGCCUAUGGAGAACAAGGAUAUGAGCCAGCGAAAAUCCCACCUAAUGCAACUUUGAUCUUUGAGAUUGAAUUGUAUGCCAUAACAAAAGGACCACGCAGCGUUGAAGCGUUUUCUGAUAUCGACAUGGAUAAAGACAAACAACUUUCAAGAGACGAGAUAGACCUUUACUUGAAGAAGGAAUUUGAAAGAGAUGGCAAGAAGCGCGACCCAUUACAUCACGAGAAUGUUUUGACUGAUAUAUUUAAAAAGAACGACCAUGACGGAGAUGGCUUUAUAUCUGCCAAGGAAUACAAUGUCUACCAGCAUGAUGAACUAUAACAGAUUGUGGAUGAAGGUCUGUUUCUUAACCUGUGUCCUGGUCUAGCCAUUCUUCCCAAAUGCACAUGAAGCUUCUACAAGGGAUUCCUCACUCAUUCUUUCAGUGGCACGGCUGUGCCCACCAUGCUCAAGUUAAGAUGAAAUCCAGACUGCAGGGAAGCCCUGAACACACAUCAGAAAUGAAGACGGAGCUGUGGUUCUGCUGCUUGAUUUCCAACCCUGAACAUCUUUUGGUACACCCCAGCCCCAUUGACCUCCUUAGAACUUUUGCAUUGCAUCGAGCCUAAUUUGAUAGAUUAUAAAGGCCUUUUUGAGGCACAUAAUAUUUUAUAUACCUUUGUUGCGAUAAGUUUUUGUACCUUUUUGUUAAAAAUAAAGUUGAUAAAAUGUUCAGAAGAAAUAAAAUGUGAGAAGGCGGAGUA